AUGUUCGACAUUAAGCUCACACAGCUCCCUGUGCUUUUGUCUCUGGCGUGUUCGAUUUUUGCACCCGGAGGGGCUGCAAUACCUACUGCUACCUCUGUUGUCGCUCCUGCUUCUCCCACGGCAUCAGACGCUGCUGAUGUCCUCGCCGCCCAAGCCAUCGCCAAGACAAGAAGUCCGGUAAGUCAUGUCAAGGGAAAAAAAUUCAAACGCUAUUGCUCGCUCUGGUUUGAGAAUACCGACUAUGCGAUGGCGGCUGCAGACCCAAACUUUCGUUUCUUCGCAGAGCGGGGCAUUACGUUGGAGAACAUGUUCGCGGUAACGCACCCUAGCGAGCCUAACUAUUUAGCUGCAGUUGGCGGUGAUUACUUCGGUCUCGACGGCGACCCGUUUACGGUGGUUCCCCACAAUGUUUCCUCAAUUGUCGAUCUCCUCGAGGACAAGGGAAUUUCGUGGGGAUUGUACCAGGAAGACAUGCCGUACACUGGUUACCAAGGAUACGAUUGGGUCAACCAAGAGACCGGUGCCGACGCAUAUGUCCGCAAGCACAAUCCCGAGGUUCUCUUCAAUUCCGUCGCCACCAAUCCCAAACGUCUUGAGCUCAUCAAGAACACCACCAUGUUCCACGCCGACCUUGCAGCCAACACGCUUCCCCAAUGGAUGUUCAUCACCCCUAACAUGACCUCGGACGGCCACGACAGUUCCAUCACCGUCGCAGGCAAAUGGCUCAGAGAAUUCCUCGAACCCCUUCUCGACGACCCGAACUUCAUGGACGAAACGCUCGUGCUCAUCACCUUCGAUGAAAACGAAACCUACGCCGAGCAAAACCGUGUCUUCUCCGUCCUGAUCGGCGAUGCCGUCCCAGAACAUCUCGUCAACACUACCGACUCCACCUACUACGAUCAUUACUCUGAGAUUGCCACUGUCGAAGCCAACUGGGAUUUACACACCCUCGGCCGUUUCGACGUCGGUGCUAACAUUUUCUCCUACAUCGCUGAAUGCACCGGUGACAAGAUUCGUGAGUGGAGCAACGGCGCUUUGGAAAACCGUUACUUUAACUUGAGUUAUCCGGGUAUUCUUGCUGAGAAAGUUGGAUGGGCGCCACAACCUGUCCCAAAUGUUGGAUUGGUCGCUAACAAGAGAACUGUGUUGCCUGCUAUCAAGAAGUAUUGGGAGGGACAGGAUGAGGGCACGGUUUAUCAGGGUCAAUUGGAGAUUCCUGAUGGUUUGAAUCCACCUGAUGAGGCAUAG